CGGGCCAGAGGAAAAAAUACAGUACUUCCGGCCUGUGCGAGAAAGGCGGAUGAAGCGGCCCUGACAGAGGGAACAAAGGACGACCGAGUGUUAACCAACAUGGGAAUAGCCUGUUCCGCCUAAGAGACCAGAACCAGCAGCCACCAUGUCAAAGCGGCCAUCCUACGCCCCUCCCCCUCCCCCGGCCCCAACAACCCAAAUGCCUUCCACCCCUGGGUUUGUGGGCUACAACCCUUACAGCCAUCUGGCCUACAACAACCUCCGACUGGGAGGGAGCUCCGGAGGCUCCAGCAGGCCAGCCUGCCCCUCUGAUCGGAACGCCACCGGCAUCACCGUCCCUAAGCCUCCCAAGCCUCCAGACAAGCCACUGAUGCCUUACAUGCGGUACAGCCGGAAGGUAAGCAGGAAGGUAUGGGACCAAGUGAAGGCGUCCAACCCGGACCUGAAGCUGUGGGAGAUCGGGAAGAUCAUCGGAGGGAUGUGGAGGGACCUGACAGACGAAGAGAAACAGGACUACCUGAACGAGUACGAAGCCGAGAAGAUUGAGUAUAAUGACUCUCUGAAGGCCUACCACAACUCCCCAGCCUACCUGGCCUAUGUCAACGCCAAGAAUCGGGCGGAGGCCGCGAUGGAGGAAGAGAGCCGGCAGAGGCAGAGUCGUAUGGACAAAGGCGAGCCAUACAUGAGCAUUCAGCCCGCUGAAGACCCCGAUGACUAUGACGACGGAUUUUCGGUGAAGCACACAGCAGCCGCUCGCUUCCAGAGGAACCACCGGCUCAUCAGCGACAUCCUCAGCGAGAUCGUGGUGCCCGACGUCCGCUCGGUGGUCACCACAGCCCGCAUGCAGGUGCUCAAGAGGCAGGUCCAGUCUCUGAUGGUGCACCAGAGGAAGCUGGAGGCUGAACUUCUGCAGAUCGAGGAUCGCCACCAAGACAAGAAAAGACGUUUCCUGGAGACCACUGACUCAUUCAACACUGAGCUCAAGCGGCUAUGCAGUCAGAAGGUUGAGGUGGACAUGGAGAAGCUUGCGGCAGAGAUGGCCGCUGCUGAAGAGGCGGCCCGUCGGCGUGCAGAGGAGAGGGAGCGCGAGGCGGCCGAGCAGGCAGAGAAAGCCGCUCAGCAGGCGCAACAGCAGCAGCAACAGCAACAGCAGCAGCAGCAACAGCAGGAGGCGGCUGGCAACAAAGCUGCGGAGCAGAGUAGUCCUAAUGCUAAUGCUAAAAGCACAGCAACCCCCACUUCAGGGACCAAGGAGGAGGACACGCCCACACCAAUGGAAACAGAUAAAGCGUCGCCUGCCGAGCCAUCCUCGGACCCCCCUCCUGCCCCACCCCCUCCGUCUGAUCCUCCCUCUUCUGCUUCUGAUAAAGCGACUCCUCCCCCCGAGCCCCCCAGGGAGAGCAGCACUCCCAGCAGCAGCACCCCCAGUGACGACAACAGCAACAGCAGCAACAACAGCAACAGCAACAGCAUGCCCCCUCCCCCCUCAGACGGCGCACCCGGAGGAGCAGCAGCAACCCCAGACCCCCCGGCGGCCCCGGAAGCCAACUCCACCGCAGCUAACCCUAACGUGUCCGCGGCGGCGCCUCCGCCUCCGCCUGCCUCAGAAGAGCCGGCCCCUCCUCCGCCGCCGCCUCUACUGCCCUCGAGCCAAAACAGCCAACAGUAUGAUAUGUAAGAUGUCUGCCACCUUUCUCCACCUUUUUAUCACUAGGGUGAGGUUGUUCAGUCCUGGUAUUAACAUCUGUCUCAGGUUGACGGCUCCAAGUGCAGAUGUGGAGACGCGUUUUAAUUCUUGCCACGAUUAACUUCAAGCCAUCCACUGGAGACGGAUAUUAAUACCAAGUCUGAAUGGUGCCCGACGGUGAGAGGCAGUGUAUGGUUCUCAUCAGCUAGCUUCAUACAUCUGGACCCACACAGGGCAACGGAGGAUUAAGUUCAAACCUGCGUAUGUUUCCUUUAGAUUUAUUCCUCCGCAACAAUUAGCAAGUUAAGUGAACCGUCACCAAAGACUUGACCCCGACUGAGUUUGUGCUCCAGGUUUUGUACAAGCUCUUCUUCUUUAAUAAUCAUGCCAACAAAUAGAUUCUUUUUUGUGUGUCUAUAAUAUCCACAUACUGGCUGAACACGGGAUACUAGAGGGUUGUUCAGCGAUAACCUCACUGUCUGUCAUAUGCAGGUAAUCUCACUAAAAAAGAACUGAUCGUGACUGUUACAAAUCUGCUCCUGCUUAUUGACCAAAAUCCAUCAGUCACCCGCAUUCAGUCAUUCGCACAUUCUACACUGAGGAGUUUCAGCCCCUGGGCUGCAACCAACCAUAAAUUUCAAGAUCAAUGACUGUGCUGGUUAUUCAUCGUUAAUGUUAGAAGAUGUUCCGACGCAUUUAAUGGAUCAGGAUGAAGUGACAGUCAGGAGUCGCUUGUAGGUGUAACGCAUGGCUUUGUUUGAUUUCAAUUGCAUUCAUAUCUCCCACUGUGUCGACUUUAUACUGUUGGAUGUGGCACGUACCUGUAUACUCCUCAGUCCUCAUGUAUAAAACCUUUAAAUCUGCUGAAAUAAGACCACAGCUGCAAACUGGAGGGGUUUUAUUAUGAAUUUCACCUCCUGUGUCUGACCUCUCCGACAGCUGGGCAGACGUCCCGGUGAUGUCAAGACUUCGCCCCCUCCUUUUAAAAACCUCUGACUUUUCUACUCUUAUCACUUUGUAUGAUUUGCUAAACAACUACUGUAGUUCUACUAUGUGUUUUUUUUAGAGAGAGAGAGAUCUAGUGGAACCUUUUUAGAUAAAUGUAAUCAGAUUCAGCCUUUGUAUUAAAUCUGUACUCUUUGAAUCGGAAGCCAUUAUCGACAGUUUCCAGGUUCUGUAGGAAGCGACGUUGUAAUUAUAUUUAUGCACCCGUAUCUGCAUGCUCUCCUGAAUACUAACCACCAUCCUUUAAGUGUUUCCUGAAGUCUUAGUCAUAAGAGCGGAGGCCAAGUGUAGGACAAAACCUAUGACGUGAGCAAGAAACUGACAUGAUGGGUUUAUCUUCAUGGUGCUUUUUAAAAAGAAAAAUCUGUGGAUAAUGAAAUGACUUGCAUUGCGAAUACAACAGUCUGGAUGUGUGUUUCGAUAUGACACAGCAUUUAAUCUGUAAGAGCUUCUCUACAAAUUGAGGCUAUUUUUUUAAAAGCUUGCUCCUUUGGACGGCAUAUUCCUGAUAACACCACAACUUCAGCAGAGAUGCACAGGCUGCCCUCGUCCCAACACAACCUCAGUCACUUGUGCGUUUAAAGGACUAUUUUCUUACUUGAUUGGACUGUUUUAAGUAAUAUGCCUCUGGUUUAGUUUUUUUCUUUGCAUCAUUUUUUGUACCGUCUGAACUUAUCUAUCCAAAUAAAGGUGACUUCUCUGUCA